AUGCACGUGCCUGGAUAUGUAAAUCCACUUCAUCUCAUAGAAUUUUUUUUUUUCUCAAAAAAAAAAAAAAAAUUAUUAUACAGUAUCUUCUUGCAUUCAUACUAUCAUACAUCAAAGAUGCCACCAAACAAACCAUAUAAUAAAAAGAAAUUCGUUGAUCGCCGAGAAGCUAAAUCACAAGAUAUAAAGAGAGCUUUGACUCAUAGAGCAAGAUUAAGAAAGAACUAUUUCAAAUUAUUAGAGAAAGAAGGACUACAAGAGAAUCGUAGACCUGAAGAUAAUCAAAAUGAUUCAAAUGAUGAAGAUGAAACCAGAAAAGAUAGACCAAGACCUCAAAAGAAAGGAAUAAAUUUUGAAGAAAGAGCUAAAAUAGUUAAACAACGUAAAGAAGAAAAACGAAGACAAAAAUUGCAAAGAGUUCAAGAGAAACUUACAACAAUUGAAACUAAAUCCAAAGAACGUGCUUUACGAAAAGAGCAAUUCAAAAAGACAACAACAAAAGGUCAACCAUUAAUGGGUCCAAGAAUCAAUAAUCUCUUGGAUAAGAUUAAAAAGGAUAUGGAUAACUAG